AUGAAGACCAAGGUUUUUGGUGGUGUUCCCGCCGCUGGAGAUGAUGGCGUACAAGACGACAUCGAGAGUGGCGGACGGGGGCUUUCUGAUGACGCUCAGCGACCCACUAUUAACAUACACAGGGGGUUCACUAAGGCAGUCGAUGCUGGACAGAUACAAAUACCCGAUGCUAACCUGUGCGAAAUUUGUUUCGAUGAUGAAGCCAGGGUGGUCCUACUGCCUUGUGGGCAUGGAGGUCUUUGUGAAGGCUGUGCCAAGGAUAUCAUCUCUGCAACGGGUAACUGCUAUCUGUGCCGUCAGCCUGUGAAGUUGGUGGCCAUCGUGGGGCGAAAGGAGCCUUCUAAGCAGCGAACCACGAGUACCGCCAGUCGACUGGGUCGAGAGAUAUCUGACUUGAGCACUGACAACUAUUUUGCCCAAGUUGUGGGCCCUGACCAGCUCCAUCAUCUUGAGAGCCGUGCGGUUGCUGACCGGCAGAGGUCGGUAUCAGCAUCUGCACAUCAAGAGGGUGCCCAGCUGGGCACUCCUGCGGUAGCGCAGCCUCAGAGAAUAUCGUCUGUCGUAGAAGGCUCGGCCCCUUCAGCUGGAGAGGGACCAACUACCGGUCUUGAUGUUGGUGAGGCUCUGGAAGCUCAUACAAGGCCGGAGCAGCAGCAGCAGCCGUCGGAUCGAUCCCCAUGAUAUGCGCGACGAGAGUCCACGAUUGUCUUAUACAAAGCCUUCAAUGACGCUCAUUCGCACUCGAGAUCAUUGUUCUGCCCAUUUUGUACAGUAAGCUGCUGAUCGUCUUUUGAGGCCGCAAUGCUGUCCUCCAGCUUGUCUUGUUAUCGGAUUCGGUUUUUAAACUUGUUUGUACAAUUACUAAAAUUAUUAUUCCUAAAGCUAUUAGUUCCAAUAAAAUCUUGGCAAAAACCCUUGUUGCAUUCUCUUCGUGUUACGUAACCACAAUCUGCACGGAAAACUAUCCUCUCGGUUGGAUGGAUAUAUGCUAUCGAGAGUCCUUCCUCUUAAUAGGGCUCCACUAUAACCUUUGUUGUCACCUGGCAGCAUAUCAACGAUACGCCUCAGAAAGCAGUGGGAGAUAGUUCGCUCUACUCUACAUAUAAGCUAUUGCCCUUUAGUUGUCCUUUUUUCUUGUAACGUGUGAGCUGUACAUAUGUUUC